CAAACGGGUGACGAUAUUCAAAUGAGUAGUGCUCUUUCUCCUGAAUCGAUACGAAACUGUGCGAUACCUUAAUUAUCGAUAUAGAAAUCGUGAUGGGUAUAAAAGGCGGCCCUUUUGGCGUUCAAAUUCUACUCUCCAAACUGUCGAAAAUGAAAUCAUUUUCAAUUUUCUUCCUUCUACUCGUCUCGUUGGCUGUCGCUGCGGAGGCCCAACUUACCAAGCAACGAUCGUCCAGCACGUUGAAUGAUCCUUCGACAAGCCGAAACUUUGCCGCCAUUUUGAAAGCGGAAAUGGCCAUUCGAUCGCUUCCAUCCAGCGCCAAGGCGUGUUUGGACCGAUUUUCAAUGGCGGCCAACGGGACUGUCCGUCCCACCAUCAAUAACUCCAGCAACGGGCAAAGGCAGUGCAGCUUCUUCAUAGACGCACCCGCCGAUAAGCUCAUCCAGAUGACCUGCUCGGUCGUCAGUCUUAAAAGUCCCGGCGCCGAAUUAGUUAUUUACGGAGGUUCCGAAAUCAACGUCAAUCCGCCCGUAGUCAAUCGAAUUUACACUUCAAGGAGCAACAACAUGUUCCUGUUUUCCAGGGUCGACAAAACUGACUGGUUCGACUGCAAAUGGAAAAUGAUUCCCGAACCGCAAACAACUGAAUAUCAACUUUGUCGCGAUGGAACGUCCGCCACUCCCAACGGGACCAUUCAGCUAUCAGCGGACGAUCCCAGCACAGAUCCGAGAAUGUGCAUGUUUGUCAUUACCGUUCCUUCCGACCACCGAAUUCAGUUGAUGUGCUCAAACGUGACCCUCAGCAGUCCUGACAAUUAUUUACAGGUCCAAACGAUUUCCGAAACUGUGAUAGCCGAUCCACCUGCAAUGAAUCGGGUCUACACGUCGACCAGCGAAAUCAUUUACCUGUUUUCUCAAUUCAGCAAUCGAGACUCUUUCAAAUGCCAAUGGACGACGGUUAUGAUCCCACCACUGACAAAUGAUAACAAACUAUGUCGGGAGAAAAUCACGAAAUCUGCCAGCGGACACAUUCAACCGUUAAUGGCUAACGGCAAAAAUGUUCAACUAAAUUCCUGUUCGUUUAUCAUCGAAGUGCCUCCCAAUCAAUUGACUGAGAUCUCUUGCCCGGUCAUCAAUUUCACUAGCCCAGGGAGUUAUUUGCAUUUCAGCGGAAUUUCCGAUUUAAACAUGGCUCUUACGCCUCUGGCCAACCGAGUGUACACUUCCGGCGUCGAUUUGAUUCAUUUGAAUUCUCAAAUUGACGUCAAUAAAGAUUGGUUUAAUUGCACAUGGUCAGCUGUUCCGGCUCUAUCGACGACGGAUUUCAAACUCUGUCGCCAUGGAGGAACAACAUCGUCCACUGGGACCCUUCAACCAUUUUUGGAUGGUCUAACAACGGGAGAACCGAGAGAAUGUUAUUUCUUCAUUGAAUUGCCUUUGGAUGAACAAAUUGAGUUUUCGUGUUCAUCCAUGAACUUGUCAAGUCCUGGAAGUUAUUUGAGGGUCGUUGGUGUGUCUGAUUUUGACGAGAAUCCGCCCAUAGAAAACGGAAUUUAUUUGUCAAAUGGAACGAGAGUCCUUGUGUAUUCGAAAUUCAACAACGGGGAUUGGUUCGAUUGCAUUUGGGCGUCAACAACCUGCCCUGUUCCACUGACGACAGACGCUGCAACUUCAACGGCAAGUACAACAGCAGUCACGACACCAGCGACUACCUCGUCGACAACUACCACCGCACAGCCAACCACCUCAACAACAAUGCCAUCAACUACGUCGACCACAACAACAGCUCCAACAACAUCCACUGCAACGACUUCAACAACACCCAAAACAACAACGAUUCCAACCAUUACCGAAGAAUACUACUACUAUGAAGAAUAACUUUUGGGUUAAAGGCUUACCCGCAAAGAUUCCGAGUAGCGAUUUAUCGCCCAUUUUCUACACAUUUAAACUAAUGACUCUAGAUUUUAAUGUUGGUAAGGUAUUUUUGUCGACGCGUUCCUAUUCAACGUGAGUGAAUGCCGAGUGUAGGGAAUUAGUGUUGAUAAAAAACAAAGCGCUUUGCUGUUUAGUUCAACAACGUUUUACGGUUUUACAAUGGCUCUAUACUUGUCAUAAAUAUCUUAUCAGCGACAACUUGAAAAAUUUUAAUCCGUCUAUUUGCUUAAUUGAUCUUUUGUUUAUCAACUUCAAUCCGGUGAGUAGUAAGGAACAUGCAAAUGUCGGAGGAGAGACGUAACCACACGAUCCGAUGAACAACGACCAAAGGUGAGUUGAUUUUUCCGGAUUUUUCUGAUUUAUUUUAUUUGUUCUAAAUUCGAGAUGAAUUUUGGUUCAUACAUUUUACAUGGACGUCGUGUGAGCGGCACCUGCAGCAAUUGAAAAAGUCCAGUUAGGCCAUAACCAUUCCAGUCACAUUUCAGAUGUUUGACUAAU